CGCUCGUGUGUGGGGCGUACAGACGAACACCUCGCAGGGACAAUCAGCCACUCGUCGCCGCGCUCUCCUCGACUCGGGAAGCUUCCUGCGGACGGAAUGUGCGGGUGCUCGGCCCUCGUCGCUGGAGGCCGUCUGCCACUGCUCGCCAUCCCCCGCCGGCUCCGUCGCCGCCGAGGGAGCUCCGUCAGGGCAGAGGCCUCACCAGGCGGCGAGUCCCAGCGGAAGAAGGUCGCCGUCGCGGGCGCCGGCUGGGCCGGCCUUGCCGCCGCGCACCACCUCGUCAAACAGGGGUACGAUGUCACGCUUCUCGCCGCGGAGAGUGGCCCAACCGAGGAGGUUGGCCUUAGAGGAUUCUGGUACCCGUACCGCAAUAUCUUCGCUUUAGUCGAUGAGCUGGGGAUCUCGCCUUUCACGGGCUGGAAUAGAGCAGCCUACUAUUCUCCAGAGGGCCUUUCAGUCGAAUUCCCUAUAUUUCAUAACCAGCCACGGUUACCAGCUCCCUUUGGAGUCUUUGCAUAUCCAGAGUUCCCUAACCUUCCUUUGAUUGAUAGGUUGACUUCAAUUCCUGUCAUAGCUGCAGUAAUUGACUUUGACAACACUGACACUGCUUGGAGGAAAUAUGAUGCAAUGACUGCAAGAGAGCUUUUUAAGAUGUACGGUUGCUCUCAAAGGCUCUACAAGGAAGUAUUUGAGCCAGCUAUUCAGGCAGCCCUGUUUGCUCCUGGUGAGCAAUGUAGUGCAGCUGCAACGCUGGGGAUGCUGUACUACUAUAUGUUGUCUCAUCAGGAAAACUCUGACUUCUUGUUGUGCCGUGGCGAAGUAGAAGAAAAAAUUUUAUCUCCUUGGCUGCAAUUGUUGGAGAUGGAAGGCUUAAAAUUUGUAGCAAACAAAGUUCCAUCAAGUAUGACUAUAGAUACGGAUAGUGGAUGCAUCUCUGCUAUUGUCUGUGGUGACGAUGUAUAUAAGGCAGAUGCAUUUGUUUCAGCCACGGGACUCUCUUCUCUACAGUCCAUUGUCAAAAACAGUCCAUCCCUAUGGUCUCAUCGAGAAUUCGCCAAUCUUCUUCACCUGUCUGCAGUAGAUGUGAUCUCUGUAAAAUUAUGGUUUGACAAAAAGAUCACAAUUCCAAAGGUUGCCAACGUAUGUUCUGGGUUUGAUGAUUCAUCUGGUUGGACGUUCUUUGACCUUACCUCAAUAUAUGAUGAUUAUUACGAAGAAUCAAUAACAGUGGUGGAGGCUGAAUUUUAUAAUGCUAGCCAGCUGAUACCUCUAGAUGAUGAUGAUAUUGUCUCUGAAGCUUCACUGCAUCUUAUCAAAUGCAUACAAGAUUUUGAGGGUGCUAGUGUGAUCCAAAAAUCAGUCAGGAGAUCUCCUAAAUCUGUAAUCAACUUUCUUCCAGGUUCCUACAAGUACACACCAAGAGGAUCAACUUCUUUUCCGAAUUUGUUUAUUGCUGGUGAUUGGAUUGUCAAUCGACAUGGAUCCUUUUCAAAAGAAAAGGCAUAUGUAACUGGACUUGAGGCCGCUAAUAGGGUGGUGGACUAUUUUGGCACUGGGGACUUUGCCAAAAUAAUUGCAGUUGAAGGAGAUGAGCCUUAUAUAGAGACAUUGCGUAAUCUCAGCAGAAGAGCCAAUGAGCUGAAGUCACAAAUUCCAUUUUCAGAGUUCUUUCUCCAAUAAUGUGGUUCGGAUUUUUUUUCCAUAUGGCUGUGGACCGAUGCCCAUUUUUCAUAGGGUCCAUAUGUAAAAGUACUUGUUGAAACAUAUAUAUACAACCUCUUCCAUCAUGAGAUCAGAGAUGCCUCAGAUAUGGAGGGCCACGGGGCGGAGCUCAAAUCAAGCUGGCCGACCAGUAUAGCAUCAAAUAUGCCUUUCUCUGUUUCUGCUCAGAUAUAUGCAAACACUGAAAAUUAGCCUCUGAUGCUGAGGUAGUGUACUACGUUAGGAUGAAGAUGUAUCAAUACUCACCUGCCCAGAAAGGCGGUGUCCCACAUAGAAGAAUGUAUAAGAUCACUCCAGCACUCCAGACAUCAAUUUCUUUGCCAUAAUUCCGGCGCAGUACCUCCGGCGCCACGUAGUAUGCACUUCCCACAAUGUCCUUGUAGACUUUACCUGCAUUGGUUGGGGGCAAUAUCCUUGCAUUACUUGUGCGUGUAUGGUCAAUUGUUCGUUU